AUGCUGGGCAGCAAGGGUAGGAGCGCCCAGCAGCCGCAGCCAGCGCCCGAGUCACCGCCAGUGUACACCGUGAAGCGCGUGGGCGGCGGGUAUGAAUACGCCGCAGACACAGCGGCGCCCUCUGAUGCGCGGCGCAGCAGCUACAGCGGCAAUGGCGGCGGCGCGCUGGGCCGCACCGCGCGCCCGGAUCCUGCGACACCCACGGUCGCCGACACAAGCACAGGCGGCGGCGCCGCAGUCGGCAGCAGCGCCGGGCUGAGCUCGGGGGCGGGGCAGGGCAGCAGCUUCCCAUCGGCCUAUGAUCUGGAAAUCAUAAGGGAGGUCAUCCUUGUCGCGGAGGAGCGCGCGCGGCGCGAGUACGCGCAGGGCAGCGGCGGGCGCGAGCUGACGCUCGUGAAGCUGCUGCAGGCGUACGAGCAGGUACUGCCGCGGCACGGUGUUUUGGCGGAGGAGGACGUGCAUUACUACCGCAUCCUGCUGCGCCUGAGCCUGGACCCCGAGCCCAACUGGUGGUCAAAGUUUGACCGGGAGGCCGCCGCCUGCGAGGCCAGGGACCCCCAGGAGCGCGCCGUCGCGCGGUGGCGCCUCGCCAUGUCCUUCUGGGAGGUGCAUGCCGCGCGCCGCUGCCUGCGGCGCUGGCGGCUGUACGCGCGGCUCGCGCGCCUGGGGGAGCAGGAGGACGAGGCGGCGCGGCGACUGGGGCGCGCGUUCUCGUGGUGGCGCGGCAUGGCGCUACACUACCGCAGGGAGCGGGGCCUUGGGGAGGGCCACGUCCAGGAGAAGGCCCUGGCGGGCGCGUUCUCGUCGUGGGCGGCGCGCGCCGGCGGGCGCGGCGGCGGCGAGGGCCAGGCGGCCGUCGCGGCGCUGAGCGCGUGGGUGGGGGGCGGGCUGCAGGCGGCCUUCAACACGUGGCGCUGGGCCACCGAGGAGAGCCGCGACCGCCUGGCCGCCGCCCGCACCCACGACUGGCGCGCGCGCGCCAGCCGCGCCCUCGGCGCGUGGCACGCCACCGCGCGCGCCCGCGCGCGCGAGACGCGCCUGCAGCAGGAGCUGACGUGGCACCACGUGCAGCACGUGCAGGCGGCGACGUGGCACGUGUGGCGGCGGGCGCUGGAGGCGCGGUGCCCGCAGCACAGGCUGCUCAGAUAUGCUUACGUCCGCCGCGGCAGGGCCACCCUGAAAAAAGCGCUGCUCUUCUGGCGGGGCUGGGCGCCGGUGUCGCGCGCCGCGCGGCGGCGCGAGCGCGACAAGCUCGCGGCGAUGGCGCGGCUGUGGACUGCCUUGCGCGACUACACUGUCCGGCGGCGGGGCGCGAACCAGCUGCGCGCCAGGGCGCAUGCCCACCUCAGGGCCAAGUGGCUGCGGCGCCACCUCGACCGCUGGGCGCGCGUGUUUGAGCUUCGAGGCGCGCUCGAGGCCCGCGCCGACGCGUUCGCCGAGCGCCGCGCCGCGCGGCGGCUGGGCUCAGCGCUUUCGUGGUGGCGCGGCUGGCGGGCGCACCAGGCGCGCAAGCGCGAGUGGCGCGCGAUCGUCGAGGCGCACAUGUCGGCGUCAGCGCGCGCGCGGUGCCUCGCCGCGUGGCGCGGGCGGGUGCUGCGCAAGGCGCAGCUGCGGGAGCUCGAGGCCGCCGCCCGCGGCGCGUCCGCACGCGCCUCGGCGCGCGCCGCGCUGCGCGGCUGGCGCGCGCGCGCGGCGCGCGUUGCUUCUUGGCGUGGCGCGACGGCGGCGGUCGCGGCGCGGCGGAUGCGAGCGUCGAUGGCAGCGGCGUUUGGCGCGUGGCGCGGGCAUGCGAGGCGGCGGCAGUUGGAUCAGGAGGCGUAUGAUGAGAUUUUGAGGCGGGAUGUUCUGCGGGUCUGGGGCGGCGCGAUCUCGCGCUGGCGGGCCGCGGCGGACUCUCGCCGCCGGCUCGCGGCCGCGCGCGCGGCGCUGCAGACGGCGUGCGCGCGGCGGUGCCUCGUGCACUGGAAGGCGCGGGUGGACUACAGAGCGGACUGGCAGGCGUUCCAGGGGGAGGCAGUCCGGCGGCUGGCGGCGCGAAGGCUCGCCUCGUGGACGCGCGGCUGGCGGGCGGCGGCUGCACGGCGUGCGCUGCUGCGGCGCCUGGAGGCCGACUUCCUGGAGCGGGCUGCGCAGCGGACGGCGGCCGCUUGCUUGGCGGGGUGGCGAGCCCUGCUGGUCCGCAAGGUGUCCAAGCAGAUGAAGGCCCUUUCAGCGCUGCUGCACGCGGAGCGCGCCCUCAAACGCCGCGCCAUGGCCGCAUGGCUCCUCCGCCUGGAGGGCUGGCGCCUCAAGCGGCUGCGGCGCGUGCGCGCGGAUGCCUACUGCGCGGUGCGGCUGCUGGACGCCGGCCUGACCGCCCUCGCCAGCCACUGGGCGGAGGGUGCGGAGCUGCGGCAGCGGGCGGCAUUCUUCGCCGCGGCGAGACAGCAGCGGCUCAACGCAGACCUGAUGCAGGCAUGGAUCGCCGAGGCCAGGCGGCGGCGCAUCAAGCGGCAGCACGUCGAAAUGGCCGAUGUAUACCACACUGUCAGCCGCCUGGACGGCGCGUUCAAAGGGUGGCGCCGCGAGGCCGCGCGGCGCGCGCGGCUGCGGGCGGUGCUCGUGCGGGCGCUGCUGCACUGGAGCAACCUCAACACGGCAAAGGCAUUUGGGUGGUGGAAGGAGUGGGCGCUGACGCGGGCGGCGCUGCACCGCCGCGCGCGCGCGUACGUGGCCGCGCUGCUCGGCAGGGAGAUGGCCUGGGCUUUCGGCAAGCUCAGGGGCAAUGCCAUCCGGAAGCGCCGCUCCCGCGCGGCCAGGGCUGCUUACACGCGCGGGCUGCUCGCGGCCUGCUUCUCCGCGUGGCGCCGCCGCGCGCGCGACGCGGCCGAGUGGCACGGCGUGCUCGCGGCGCACGGCGCGGCGCAGCGGCGGGCGCUGCUGGCGCAGGCGCUCGGCGGGUGGCAGGACCGCGUCAGGUUCAAGUCGUGGAAGGAGGGCAGCAUGAUGAGGGCGCUGAUGCUUUGGGGCGGCAACCGCCGCCGCCUGUGCUUUGCCGCGUGGCGCGCCUAUUCUCGCCAGAGGCGCGUCAAGGCGAAGCGGAUCGGGCGCGCCCUCGGCCACUGGACCAACGGCUCCCUGACCCGGUGCUUCAACGAGUGGCGCGACUACGUCACGCGCCGCCGCGUCGCGCGCGCCGUCGCCGCGCGCUUCGCCGCCCGCUCGCUCUCGACCGCUUUCGCCGCGUGGCGCGCAUGGGCGGUGCGGAGGGCGGGGCUGGCGGCGGCGGAGGUCCAGCUGCGGCGGCGGACGCGCUUGAAGGUGCUGUGGGAGGCCUGGGCGGCGUGGCGGCAGUUUGUACCGCUGUCCAUAUCCCACAGGGACCUGGCAUUCAGAGCAGAGCACCACUGGGUGGGCGGCCGCCUCGCGCGCGCCUUCUGGGGCUGGCAGACCGGCGCUGCGCGGCGGCGCGCCAAGCGCGCGGCGCUGCAGGACGCGCUGCUGCACUGGCGGCGCGCCGCGCUCGUGGCGGCGCUCGCGGCGUGGCGGCGCGGCGCGGGGCUGCAGGCGCACGAGCGUCGCGGCACGGCGGGCGCGGACGCGUGGCGGCGGGGGCGGGUGCUGGCCGUGGCGGUGGCGGCGUGGCGGCUGAGGGCCCGGCGGAAGGCGGAGGGGCGGCAGCGGGCUGAGUGGGCCAUGGGGCGCCAGCGGCAAAACAGGCUUGGGCACACAUUUGACCAAUGGCGCAAGGCCGCCCAGACUCGCGCGUACAUGCGGCAGGCGAAGGAGGUGGCGCGCAUCUCCUGGUCGUCCGCGACCCUCCGCAAGGCCUUCCGCGCCUGGUGGCGCCGCGCCGCCCGCGCGCGCGCCGCGCGCGCCGUCAGCGGCGCCGCGCGGCUGCGGGCGCUGGCGCUCGCCCUGGAGGCGUGGCGGCUGGGGGCGGCGGCGCGGCGGCGCAAGCGGGAGGUCGUGCACGGCGCAGCGCGGCGGCUGGACACCGGCCUCGUGCGCAAGUCGUGGGGGGCAUGGAGGGAGGCGAUGGACCGGCGGCGGCAGCUGCUGGCCGGCGCCGACGCCGCGCUCGCGACCGCGCGCGCCGCGGUGCUGCGCCGCGCGCUCGGCGCGCUGCACCUGCACGCGGUGCGGUCGCGCAUGGCGCGCAUGGCGGUGGCGCGCUGGAACGACGCGCGGGUGGCGAGGUGCUUUGAGGCGUGGCGGGAGCAGAUGGCGUACGCCGCCCACAUCCGCAGCGGCGCCCUCGAGCUGCUGACGCGCUGCAACAGGCGCCUGGCCUGGAACGCGCUCCAAGAGUGGCGGCAGCUCGCCUAUUUUGAGCCGCGGCUGCGAGAGGCCGACGCUUUUUGGGCGCGGCGGCGGCAGACGGGCGUCCUGCGCGCCUGGGCCCGCCGCUGCCGCGCCGUGCGCCGUGCCACCGCGCUGCACGCGGCGCUCUCCUCUAGAUGGAACCGCGGCACCCUCGCCAUGUGCCUGGGCGGAUGGCGCUUAGUGGCACAGGAGCAGGCCCAAAAGCGCGCCCUCGAGGGCCGCGCCGCCGCGCGGUGGCGCAACCUGCACCUCUCCGCGGCGUUCGGCGCGUGGCGCGGCGCGGCGGCGCGGGCGGCGCGGCGCGAGGGGGCGGGGCGGCAGGUGGCGCUGAGGUGGCGGAGCCUGCACGUGUCUGCGGCGUUUGGGGCGUGGACGCGGCUGGUUCACGAGCGCCGCAGGCACAGGGUUGCGCUGGAGGCGCUCGCAAGCCGCUGGUCGGCGCAGCAGCUGGCGGCGGCGCUGGUGGCCUGGCGCGGCGUCGCGCAGGACAUGGCGGCGCGCCGCGCGGUCGCGGACGCCGCGGCGGCGCGCAUCCAGUCCAAGCUCCUCGCCGCCGCGCUCGCGGGCUGGCGCGAGCGCGCGCGCGACCGUGCCGAGAUGCGGCGGCGCGCGCUGCGCGCGGGCAGCCAGGUGCAGCGCGGCGCGCGGGCGCGGGCGUUCGCGGUGUGGCGCGGCGCGGCGCGAGCGUCCGCGCGGCGCCGGGCUGCCGCCGCGGUCGUGAGCGGGCGCUGGGGCGGGCUCCUCGUCGCAUCGAGCUUCAAGGGGUGGCGCGUCGCCGCUGCUUGGUCGGCGCGCAAACGGGAGCUGUCGGCGCGCGCGGCACGGCGCAUGCGGCGCCUGCGCCUGACGCGCGCGCUGCAUGGCUGGCAGGCAGCGGCCGCCAGGUCAGCGUCGCUGCGCUCCAAGUCGGCGCGCGUCGCGUCCGCGCGCCGCGGCGCCGCGGCGGCCUCUGCAUGGAGUGCAUGGCGCGCAUUUGUGCGCAUGCAGCAAGCGCGGCGCGCUGCAUGGGCUGCCGCACGGGCGCACAGGCGCCAUGCAGUGCUGGAUGCAUGCAUGGGCCUGUGGAUGGUUGCGACCGCGAAGCAGCGGCAGACUGCGGCUGCCCGUGAGUACUCCGGCUCGCGGCGCAUGCGUGCCGUGCUGCUCGUAUGGCGAGACGCGGCUGCGGCGGCCCAUCUGCGGCUCGAGCGGUCGGCGGCGAUGCGGACACGCGCAGACGCCCGCGCCCGCGUGACAGCGCUGACGUCGGUGCUCGGCGCAUGGCGGGCGCGCGUGCUGCGCAGCCGUGCCCUGCACGAGUUCGUCGUGGCGCGCGCGCUGCGGGAGCUGCGCCGCUGCUUGGCGGCGUGGCGGCGCCAUGCAGAGCGCAUGGCGGGCGCGGCGCUCAUCAUGCGGCGCAUGCUGGUCGGGACGCUGGGCGGCGCGUUUGCGGAGUGGCGGCGCGCAGCAGCCGAGCAGGCUUACUGGCGAAGGGCACUCUUGAAGCUCGAGCUUAUAUUGGAAGACGACCCGACGGCCGCCACCGCCGGCCGCGCCGUCGUCCACCGCUGGCUCACCUGGCGCGCCGCCACCGCCCUGGAGGCCUGGCGGGUCGCGGCUUCGGGGGCGGCCCGCGCACGCGCCCUGGCAGCGCGCGCGGACGCUCACAGGCGUAAGUCGCUGCUACUCAGGGGGCUGAUCGGUCUGGGGCUCGCCGUUCGGCGGGCGCAGGCGAGGCGGGCCGCAGAGCGGCACUGGGCGGCGGCGACCACAGCGGCGGUGCUGCGGGCGUGGGCAACAGAGGUGUGGGAGAGCAAGGUUGCGGCCCGCAAGUUGACGGCCGCCGUGUUCCUCUGGACGCACACCCUCCAGCGCAACGCGCUCAGCGCGUGGCUGACGCAUGCGCGGCGCGAGAAGCGCAUGCGGCACUUAGUGGGUGUCGCGCUGGCGUUCAGGUCGAGCACCCUGCAGCGCAGCGUUGUGCUGGGCUGGCGGCGGGUGGCGUCUUUCCUGGCGCCCCUGAGGCGGCGGCUGGAAGACCUGGAGGCGCGGGCGCGUCGCAGCCGGACUCGCGAAGCCCUGGCCACGUGGCGCAGCAACGCAGCCGAGCAGGGCGCGGAGCGGCGCAUGCUCCACCACGCGGUCAUGCGUAUGGCGCACGCAAAGCUCGCCGCGGCGCUGGCGGGGUGGCGGGCCGCUGCGGCGGCGAGGCGGCGCAAGCGGGGCAUCCUGCAGGUCGCGCUUGCGCGCCUGCGCCACCGCGCCGCGCUGCUGGCGCUGAACCGCUGGCGCGAGUUCGCAUCCGAGCGGCUCGCGCUGCGUGCCAAGGCGCAGGCCGUGGUCAAGCACAUGCUGCUGCGGCGCCUCUACGCGGGCUUCUGGGGCUGGCGCGCGGCCGCCACGGCGCGGCGCUGCAAGCGCCAGGCGGUGCAGCGGGCGUUGCUGCACUGGGGCCGCGCGUCGCUGGCGCGGGCGCUCAACACCUGGAAUGCCUUGGGAGAGGAGGCGAGAGGGAAAGAGGCCGGAGCCCAAGCGCUGCUCUCGCGGUUCCGGCUGGAGCACACCCGCCGCGGCUUGGCUUGGUGGCACGACUUCGCCCAGUACAGCCACCACCACAGGACGGUGCUGGCAUACUUCCACGCCCGCCACCUCCGCACCGACGGCGCCGCCGCGCUCGCCGCCUGGCGCACCGCCGCGCGCCGCGCCGCCCUCGCGCGCCGCGCCGCGUCGUUCCGCUGCGCCCGCCUGCUGGUGCGGGCCCUCGGCGCCUGGCUCAUCGCGCACGAGGAAGCGAAGCUGGAAAAGGCAGCCGCGCACCACGCGGCCGCCGCCGCGCGUUUCGUGUUGCGCCGCGCGUGGCCGGCGGGCGUCGCGGCCGUGCGGCGGAAGAGGGAGCUGUUGGCAGCGGCGGAGCAGAUGGCGGCGGCUCGGCGCGCCGGGCGCGCGCUUGCGGCGUGGGGACGUUUCGCUUACUACCGCCGCAUAUCCAAGGUCGCGCUGCACUGGCGCGUGCGGCGGCUGGGGUGCCUUGCGCUCAGGCACUGGGUGCAG